GUUGUAAUCCAGUCCUCAACCUUUGCUUAGAAAUCCAUUGCAAAAUGCUUGCUGCAUCGCGUAGCCUCGUUCCGAGGAUGACUGCCCUUGCGCGCGGGUUUGCGACUGGCGCCAAUGUGCCCAGCCGCACUGCUGCUGCUGCUGCUGCCACCCCGAAGGAUCAGCUGUCCAAGGCGUACCCAAUCAUCGACCACGACUUUGACGCGGUCGUUGUGGGCGCCGGCGGUGCUGGCCUGCGCGCCGCGUUCGGCCUGUCCAGCCAGGGCUUCAAGACGGCCUGCAUCACCAAGCUCUUCCCAACACGCUCGCACACGGUUGCGGCGCAGGGCGGCAUCAACGCCGCGCUCGGCAACAUGGGCCCCGACGACUGGCGCUGGCACAUGUACGACACGGUCAAGGGCAGCGACUGGCUCGGCGACCAGGACGCCAUCCACUACAUGACCCGCGAGGCGCCCCAGGCCGUCGUCGAGCUCGAGCACUACGGCGUGCCAUUCUCGCGCACGGAAGAGGGUAAGAUCUACCAACGCCCCUUCGGCGGCCAGUCCCUCAACUAUGGCAAGGGCGGCCAGGCGCAGCGAUGCGCCGCCGUCGCCGAUCGCACCGGCCACUCUCUUUUGCACACACUCUACGGCCAGUCGCUCCGCUACGACACGCAGUACUUUAUCGAGUACUUUGCCCUCGACCUGAUCAUGGAGAAUGGCGAGUGCCGCGGCGUCAUUGCCAUCAACAUGGAGGACGGCUCCAUCCACCGCUUCCGCUCGCACAACACCGUCCUCGCCACCGGCGGCUAUGGACGCGCCUACUUCUCGUGCACCUCUGCGCACACCUGCACUGGUGACGGCAACGCCAUGGUCUCGCGUGCCGGCCUGCCGCUCUCGGAUCUCGAGUUUGUCCAAUUCCACCCCACCGGCAUCUACGGUGCGGGCUGCCUCAUCACCGAGGGCUCUCGUGGCGAGGGUGGCUACCUGCUCAACAGCAAGGGUGAGCGCUUUAUGGAGCGCUACGCCCCGACCGCCAAGGACCUCGCCUCGCGCGACGUCGUCUCGCGCGCCAUGACGAUCGAGAUCCGCGAGGGCCGUGGCGUUGGCCCCGAGCAGGACCACGUCUACCUCCAGCUCUCGCACAUCCCCGCCGAGAUUCUCGCCGAGCGUCUGCCCGGCAUCUCUGAGACUGCCCACAUUUUCGCGGGCGUCGACGUCACCAAGGAGCCCAUCCCUGUGCUCCCCACCGUCCACUACAACAUGGGUGGCAUCCCGACCAACUACUACGGCCAGGCGCUCACGCACGCCAACGGCAAGGACUCGAUCGUCAAGGGCCUCUACGCCGCCGGCGAGGCCGCCUGCGCUUCCGUGCACGGCGCCAACCGUCUCGGCGCCAACUCUCUGCUCGACAUUGUCGUCUUUGGCCGCGCCUGCGCCAACCACAUUGCCGCCAACGCCAAGCCCGGCACUCCCCACCGCGCUCUGCCCAAGGGUGCUGGCGAGCAGUCCAUUGCCAACCUCGACGCUCUCCGCUACGCCAACGGCCGUAUUCCCACUGCCGCACUUCGUCUGAAGAUGCAAAAGGUCAUGCAAACGCACGCUGCCGUCUUCCGAACGGGCGAUGUCUUGCAAGAAGGCUGCAAGCUGAUUGGCGACGUUUACUCUGAGAUGGCUGACCUGAAGGUUCACGACCGAGGCAUGGUCUGGAACUCGGACUUGAUCGAGACGCUCGAGCUUCAAAACUUGAUGAUCAACGCCGCCCAAACCAUGAUUUCGGCUGAGGCGCGCAAGGAGUCGCGCGGUGCUCAUGCCCGCGAGGACUACAAGGCUCGCUCGGACGAGUUUGAUUAUUCCAAGCCUCUCGCUGGUCAAACAAAGCGACCCUUCAACGAGCACUGGCGCAAGCACACGUUGUCGACCAUCGAUCCCCUCACUGGCCGUGUCCAACUUGACUACCGCCCUGUUAUCGACGACACUCUUGAUGAGAAGGAAUGCAAGCCUGUUCCUCCCACUCUCCGUGUCUAUUAAAAGCAAGCCAAACAGCGACAGCAGGCAAAUGGUCCCCCUUUUUUAUUUGUUCUGUUGGCGAGUUGUUGUUGUUGCUGUCUCCCUCCGCCCUUCGUUUGGAGCUUCUUUUUUUUUUGUUACAUCCGUAUCCACAAUAAACAAUCCCUUCAC